AUGGCCGCCUUCGGGCUCCUCAGCUAUGAGCACAGACCGCUCAAGCGGCCGCGCUUGGGGCCGCCCGACGUCUACCCGCAGGACCCGCGCCAGAAGGAGGAUGAACUUACUGCAGUGAAUGUAAAGCAAGGCUUCAGUAAUCAGCCUGCCUUCUCUGGAGAUGAGCAUGGAUCUGCUAAAAAUAUUGUAAUUAAUGCCUCAAAGAUUGGCGCUUACUUUAGCAGCAUACUAGCGGAAAAGCUGAAACUUAACACUUUCCAGGACACAGGAAAGAAGAAACCGCAAGUAAAUGCCAAAGACAACUACUGGCUGGUUACUGCUCGGUCUCAGAGUGCAAUUCACAAUUGGUUCACUGAUUUAGCAGGAAGUAAACCACUGACCCUUUUAGCAAAAAAGGUUCCUAUUCUCAGUAAAAAAGAAGAUGUUUUUGCUUACUUGGCAAAAUACUCUGUGCCACUGCUGCGAGCAGCAUGGCUGAUCAAAAUGACAUGUGCCUACUACGCUGCUAUUUCUGAAGCUAAAAUCAAGAAACGCCAGGCCACUGACCCAAAUAUUGAAUGGACUCAAAUUAUAACCAAAUACCUUCGAGAGCAACUGGCAAAGGUUGCGGAGUUCUGUCAUGUGACUUCCAGCCAAGGCAACAGCUCUGUAGUGAUGCCUCAAGAGAUGGAACAAGUGCUGAAGCAGUGGGAAUAUAAUGAAAAAUUGUCAUUUUAUAUGUUUCAGGAAGGAAUGCUUGAGAGACAUGAGUAUUUGACAUGGAUACUGGAUGUUUUGGAAAAAAUCAGACCCACUGAUGAUGAACUUCUUAAGCUGUUGUUGCCGCUGAUGUUGCAGUAUUCAGAAGAGUUUGUUCAGUCAGCUUACCUAUCCCGUCGCCUUGCUUAUUUUUGUGCCAGACGCCUAUCUUUAUUGCUAAGUGAUGGUCCUAACCUUGUAGCUGCACACUCUCCUCAUAUGAUUAUUGGACCAAGUAACCCUCCUCUGGCAGCCCCAAGUCCGACUGCCCCUGGUCCCAUGGUGAGCCCGGUACAGCUGGCCUGCUCAGAUUUCGUCUCCUGCCCUCAACACCGUCCACUGGUAUAUGGACUUAGUUGUAUGCUGCAGACUGUAACGCUUUGUUGUCCAAGUGCCUUGGUGUGGAAUUAUUCCACAAAUGAAAAUAAGAGUGUUAAUCCAGGUUCACCUCUGGAUUUACUUCAUGUUGCUCCAUCUAGUUUGCCUAUGCCAGGUGGAAAUUCAGCAUUUAAUCAGCAGGUUCGGGCAAAGAUAUAUGAAGUAGAACAGCAGAUAAAACAAAGAGGUCGUGCUGUGGAGGUGCGGUGGUCUUUUGACAAGUGCCAAGAAUCAGCUGCAGGGGUGACCAUUAGCCGUGUUCUGAACACCUUAGAAGUGUUGGAUCGACAUUGUUUUGACAGAUCUGAUUCCAGCAAUUCAAUGGAGACACUUUAUAAUAAGAUUUUCUGGGCAAAUCAGAAUAAAGAUAACCAAGAGGUAGCCCCAAACGAUGAAGCUGUGGUAACGCUGCUUUGCGAAUGGGCUGUGAGCUGUAAAAGGUCUGGUAAGCACAGGGCCAUGGCUGUAGCCAAGCUCCUGGAGAAGAGGCAAGCAGAAAUUGAAGCAGAAAGAUGUGGUGAAUCUGAAGUCCUAGAUGAAAAGGAAUCUCUGUCUUCAGCCUCCUUGACAGGUUCCAGUCUUCCUGUUUUUCAGAAUGUCCUGCUAAGGUUUUUAGAUACACAAGCUCCCUCGUUAUCUGACCCAAAUAGUGACCAUGAGAAGACAGAGUUUGUGAAUUUGGUGCUGCUUUUUUCUGAAUUCACUCGUCAUGAUGUUUUCUCCCAUGAUGCUUACAUGUGCACUUUAAUAUCACGUGGAGACUUGUCAAUCACUUCAACUACUAGACCACGUUCACCAAAUGGGGAAACUGUGGAUGAACACUAUUCUAAGGAUCAUGAUGUGAAACUGGAGAUUUUUUCUCCAAUGCCUGGGGAGUCUUGUGAGAAUGUGAACUCUUCCUUAGACAGAAGAAUUUCAGUUACCAGUGAGAAAUCAGUCAAGAGAGAAAGGCUGAGAGAACUGAUUUUCCCAUCCAAUUAUGACCUCCUUCGGCAUUUGCAAUAUGCAACACAUUUCCCUAUACCUCUGGCUCAUGGGAACUGA